AUGGGAAUAAAAACGCUUCAUUUGGAUGCAGUUGAAGAUGCUCACUCAAGGUUUCAGGCCCUGACCACGGCCAUAAACAGAAGCAAUGCUCCCUACCUCUUACGGCUGGCAAACCGGCUCUUUGGAGAGAAGUCCUACAGCUUUUUGCCGGAUUUCCUGGCUAAUACUCAGAAAUUUUAUGGAGCGGAUCUGGCUACAGUCGAUUUUCUUCAGGCCUGUGAUGAAGCCAGGAAAGAAAUUAACCAGUGGGUAGAGGAGAAAACGGAAGGCAAAAUCCCCAGUGUGCUGCCUGAAGGCUCAGUUGACAGCAGGACCAGGCUGGUGCUGGUGAAUGCUAUUUAUUUCAAAGGGAACUGGGCAGAGAAAUUCCGAGAAGCCAGAACUACUGACAUGCCAUUUCGGUUAAAUAAGAAUGAAAGGAAGACAGUCAAAAUGAUGUACCAGAAAAAUGAAUUUCCUUUUGGGUAUUUCCCUGACAAGAAGCUCCGUGUUCUAGAGCUGCCUUAUGAUGGAAAAGAACUUAGUAUGAUCAUCCUGUUACCUGAUGACAUUGAAGAUGACUCCACUGGCCUGCAGCAGCUGGAGAAGCAGCUUACCUUAGAGAAGCUCCAGGAAUGGACACGUCCAGAGAAUCUCUAUUCUGAUGAUGUUUGUGUGCAUUUGCCAAAGUUUAAGCUAGAAGAAAGCUAUGACCUUCAAUCAGACUUGCGUGCUCUGGGCUUGUUGGAUGUAUUUGACAGUGGCAAGGCUGACUUGUCUGGAAUGUCAGGGGCACGUGACCUUUUUGUCUCUAAAGUUGUCCACAAAGCUUUUAUAGAAGUGAAUGAGGAAGGCACAGAAGCUGCAGCUGCUACUGCUGUCCGUUUUCAGUAUUGCUGUGGUCGUAUGAAUCAGCCCUAUUUCAAAGCUGACCAUCCUUUCCUUUUCUUUAUUCGCCACAACCCCACUCGGAGCAUUCUCUUCCUUGGCAGAUAUGCUUCUCCAUAG